AUGGGAACAGUUUUUGGGAGUGAGAUAUGGAAAGCGCACACGUCGUUGGUGAUGGUGCAGGUUUUGAGCGGAGGUUAUCACGUGAUCUCGAAAUUGGCUCUUGACGUUGGGAUAAACCAAAUUGUCUUCUGCGUCUUCCGCGAUCUCAUCGCCCUCCUCAUUCUCGCUCCCAUCGCUUACGUCCGUGAAAGAUUAUGGCUUUUCAAGUGA